AUGGAAAUGGUAUUUGAUAACAGUUUACCUGAAAGUACAAUACUACUAAAGGUUAUAGAAGCAACAAAUUUUGGAGCAUUUAGUCGAACAGAAAAAAUGCUUGCAGAGAACAAUAUUGUAUAUGAUGAAGACGGGCUCUCUACCAUUUCAGACGAAGCAGAAGUAAUCAAGAUUUUAUUUCACGUCAUAAUAUUACGUUAUUCACAAAAGUAUCGACGAGCACUAGAGAUUUUGGAAUCUAUGAACAACGUUUUCGACGAUCAUUCCAAUGGUCCUCAACGUUUGUUAUUUUUAUUGGAAAAAGGUUUUUGUUUAAAACUCAUACGACUUGAAACAAAGUCUUAUUUGAUUGAUCACAACAAUAUGAGAAAUAAUGACAAGAUCAGAGAAGAACCUUUCUUGAUUAUUAAUUUAUUAGAAGAAGCAAUGAACGUGGCACGAACAAAAUUGUCAACAUCAGACAAUUCCGCAAGGGAAAUAGUUUUUGACAUACAGACUUUAAUAAUAGAGGAAUAUAUGGAACUGAAACAGAAUGCUUCUGUAGACGAACAACUUCGCCAAGUAACCUAUGUCGGUAAUCCAAUAUUUAAAACGUAUUUUUGGUUACAGAUCGCUAAACAUAAACUAGAAGAGAAUAAUGUCGAUGAUUUCCACUCAAGUUUAGAUGUGGCUAGUUAUGCAGUACUGAAUAAUGACAAUGUGUUAUUAAUUUGUGAAUAUUAUUUAUUAGGUGCAAAAGCAUGCUUCGACGAACUCAAUUGUAAAGAUUUUCUUAUAUGUCGGGAAAAGAUCGAUAAACUCCUGUCAAAAACAUUGUUUAAAAAUGAUUAUUCAUCUAGCACAGCUGCAGUUUCCUUAUACAGUACAAUAAUCAGCUCAUGGUAUGAUCAGUAUGAAGCUUUAUGCAUUGCUUUUGCAGAUAAAUUAUUGAAACCAUUACAGAUUAGAAAUACGACUUUCGAGCGUUGCCCAGACCCCAAGUGGUCCAGAAUGAUGAGACGUGAAGCUUUUCGAACAGCCGACUGGAGGAACAUGCGUGGUUAUAUCACCGAAGAAAUGGUUUUAGCUAAUUUGUUUCAUUUAGAAAGCAAGACUGUCAAAAUACCGAAAACAGAUGCAUACUUAACAUACAAAAUAAAUGGUCUUUAUGAUGAAGGAAAAAUUGAUUGCUUAGUGUUUUCAUCCGACUUUUAUGAUCUCGUACCUACCGAUAAAAUACUUAAUAGCGAGAACUUAUUAAAACAACUCUCUCCCGUAUUGAAAGAUGUUGGUGAAGAACAUAAGUUUGAACAAAAUAUUAGUCAAAUUAAAGCUGAAUAUCCAGACAUUUAUGCAGAUUUUCUUCUACCUGUCGAGAACAUCCUCAACGCUCAUUCUAUCGCGAAUAUAAAAAUUGUUUCAGAAGUUGAUUUUCAUCGUAAAAUAUUAGGUAAGGCAGCAAAACAAAUGACCAAAAACGAUUUGGCCAUACCAUCAGGACACUGUUAUAUUCAGUACUCGUCGUGUACACUGAGAGCAAACGAUACAAUCUAUUGCUAUGUGAUUUUUGGUCGACAAAACAUAGAAUUUGAAGCAAUUGAUCUAAAGAAAUAUGAUCUCACAGUAGAUGAUUUUCUAGAAGAUAUAUCCUUUAUGGCUGAAGGUUUCGAUGAAGUUCCAGAACAAGAAUCAGCAUCUGAACAAAAUACUGAAAGUCAAGAGGAAGAAAAUAAGGUAACUAUAGCAGAAGAACGAUUAAAGACAUUACGUCGAAAGUUUUUCAAAAUACUUUUCGAACCUAUAAUGGUGCACUUGGAAACAGUUACAUGCCUGAAAAUCAUUGCCGAAGAGCAACUGCAGUAUAUACCUUUUUCCAGUUUAUUAAUAUCCGACGACGAUGAAAUGUAUCUGAUAGAUAAAUUUGAAAUUUCAUUUGUUCUAUCAGUUGGCGUUGAUCAAAUUUUUCAGCUAAACGUACCAAGUUCACAAUCUAGUGUAUCAUGCAAAUUAGAAAUAUUUAAUACAGAAAAAAUACAUCCAGAAUUAGAAGAAAAGUAUGAUUUGGGAUAUUCCUUAACUGAUAUAAUCGAUAGGCUUAAAAACGAAAACGUUCGAUUUGAAUCACAUCCACGAGCGACAAAAAAAGAAGUAGAUAUUUUCUUCGAUUGCAGAAAACAUUCACAACCAACGAUAUUUCAUUAUGCUGGUCAUACAUUUUUCAAUGAACAAGAAAUGCAAGAUCCAUACGCAUUGAGCGGUUGUAUGAUUUUGCAGCAUGAAAAUGGCAAAAAAUAUGUCGAUAGCAUGCUCUAUUCAAAUCAAAUAGCUAAAUAUGAUUUAAGAAACAUAAAGUUAGCCGUCUUAAAUUCAUGCAGUACAUUCAAAGGUAUGUUUAAAUUUCCUUCUGCAGAGAAUAUUGCCUAUAUAUCGUGUUUUUCAGCAGAAUACGUCAGACUAAAAAUCGUUCUCUGAGAUUAUCUAAACCAUAUUAAAUAUAAAUUGUUUUAGCCUGUUUCACUUCCGCAUCUAGAUCUGUAUUGAACUGAAUUGAAUAUAUACAUGCAGAAGACAACUCUCUUCUUCUUAAGAAAAUACGAUGAACAAUCACAUAUUUCGGUAGUUCAGUCACACAUGACGAUUACAACGAUAAAGAAAUAACUUGAGCAAUACUAUCAAAUUUAUAAUCUCGGCAUUGUUAUUUGUGAGGGUGAGGGUUUACUGUACGUAGAUCAAAUGCUAUUCUAUCAACUGACGAAAGAAUUUUAUAAAAAGUACGUACCAAAAAAAGGAUUGGGCAAAAUACAAAAAUCUGUCGCGAGCUGAUCCAAAUCAGUUCAAGUGGGGCAAUUGAGAUCAGGUGCGAUUUUGAACAGGGUAAUUCGGAUUCGCCCAGCUAAAAUCCGGCUGACUUAUUUUCCUGUGUGGUUACUCAUUUGUUAUUCACAUAUAUUCAUUAAAAAAGAUAAUACCAUUCGAUAGCUCAACAUCUCUUCUAUGAGACCUAAAAAAUCUCGAUGACGGAAGAAACUAAUAUAAGGAUUAUACGUUCAACAAUGACAUCUCUGUCGGACACUGCUAAAAAGUUAAAAAUCGAUUUGGGGUAAUUCGGAUCACUUAAGGCAGUUUAGGUGGGGUAAUUCGAAUCAACUCAGUCAUUUUUUCUAAAGAUUAUUUGUGAAAUUUUAUCACCUUUAAGAUGCAGAAUUGACUCGUUUUCAUUGAAGAAAAGUUGCACAGAACAAUUUCAUGUGUCAGCUUAGCAUGUGAAAACUAAAACGACCUUCAGCAUGAUUGAUAAAAUUGCUUUUACCAAUUGAAUGCGUUCUUCUCGUAUAUUUCUAAGGAAUUUUUCAAAUUAUUGAAAUAAAUCAGAAAUUUUAUAACAUUAACUUGUUGUAUACGAUAUAAAGAUAAUCGCACUACAAAUUGCCAGGAGAUUGGAAAACUAGUUUUGUAUACUAUUAUAAUCUGCCUCUUUUUUUGUGUAGAGUAAAUGUAAUAAGAAAGGUUAAAUGAUAUCGUCGCCUCAUGCCUAGAUAAGUGAACGCUAGGAAAACAAUUUCGUAUGUCAAAUAGUGGCGUAACCACACUAGGGCCAGCUGGGGCUCGAGCCCUAUCACCUUUACUUUAAAAGUUACUGAGUUUGGAAAUCAAAACGAAUGAAAUUCAUUUAGGGCACUGUUAGCUCGCCCUGCGAGCGAAAUGUUUAUUUAGAAAAGAGAAAAUAAAAAACUAAACUGGUCAUACACA